AUGAGAAGCUUAUCAGUUUUUUCUUUAGUCUUCCUUUUUUUCUCAACAUUAAUUUCUGCUGAAACCCAUACAUGGUACUUCCAAACUGGUUGGGUGAACGCUAACCCAGAUGGUGUCCUUGAAAGACCAAUGAUUGGUUUCAAUGGUAGUUGGCCUUUACCUACUUUAAGAGUGAAGAAAGGUGACACUGUUAAUUUAUACUUGAUCAAUGGUUUCGAUGACAGAAAUACUUCCUUGCAUUUCCAUGGCUUAUUCCAACACGGUACCAAUCAAAUGGAUGGUCCAGAAAUGGUUACCCAAUGUCCAAUUCCACCAGGUGAAACUUUCUUAUAUAAUUUUACUGUUGAUGAUCAAGUUGGUUCUUACUGGUACCACAGUCAUACAUCCGGUCAAUAUGGUGAUGGUAUGAGAGGUGUUUUCAUUAUCGACGAUGACGAUUUCCCAUAUGAUUACGAUGAAGAAGUUAUUUUGACUUUGGGUGAACAUUACCACGACUUCUCAGAUGAUUUACAUAAAGAUUUCAUGAGCAGAUUCAACCCAACUGGUGCUGAACCAAUUCCACUGAACAUUUUAUUCAAUGAAACCAGAAAUAACACUUGGAAAGUUGAACCAGGUAAAACUUAUUUUGUUAGAAUCAUUAACAUUGGUAGAUUCGUAUCUCAAUAUGUUUGGAUGGAAGACCACGAGUUUACUAUCGUUGAAGUCGAUGGUAUUUACGUUGAAAAAAACACUACUGAUUUGAUUUAUAUCACCGUUGCUCAAAGAUAUGGGGUUUUGAUUACUACCAAAAACUCUACUGAUAAAAACUAUGCAUUCAUGAACAGAGUUGAUAUUGAUAUGUUGGAUGUUAUUCCUUCUGACUUGGAAUUAAAUGGUACCAAUUACAUUGAAUAUAACUCCGAUGCCGACAAACCAGAACCAUACCUUUUGGAUUCUAUUGAUGAUUAUUUUGAUGAUUUCUACUUGAAACCUUUGAGUAAAGAAAAGUUAUUAGACGAUGCUGAUUAUACUAUCACCCUCGAAGUUCAAAUGGAUAAUUUAGGCAACGGUGUCAAUUAUGCCUUUUUCAACAAUAUUACUUACACAACACCAAAAGUUCCAACUUUGUUGAGUGUUUUGAGUGCUGGUGAUGCUGCCUCCAAUGAAUUGGUUUAUGGUACUAAUACCAACAGUUUUGUUUUACAAGGUGGUGACGUUGUUGAUAUCGUCUUGAACAAUUUGGAUACUGGUAAGCAUCCAUUCCAUUUGCACGGACAUGUAUUCCAAUUAAUUGAAAGACAUGAAGAAAUUCCUGAUACAGAAGAUCCAGUCGCCUAUAACUCCACUGACCAUGCCGAUUGGCCAGAAUAUCCAAUGUUGAGAGACACUGUUUACGUUAGACCUCAAUCCUACAUUGUCAUGAGAUUCAAAGCUGACAACCCAGGGGUUUGGUUCUUCCAUUGUCACAUUGAAUGGCAUUUGGAUCAAGGUUUGGCCAUUCAAUUGAUUGAAGACCCACAAAACAUUCAAAAGAACUCCAGUCAACAAAUCACUGAUAACCACAAGCAAAUUUGUGAAAAAGUUGGUAUUUCUUGGGAAGGUAAUGCUGCUGCUAAUACUAAAGACUACUUGGAUUUAAAAGGUGAAAAUGUCCAACACAAGAGAUUGCCUACCGGUUUCACUGCUAGAGGUAUUGUUGCCUUGGUUUUCUCAUGUAUUGCUGGUGUAUUAGGUUUAGCCACUAUUGCCUACUAUGGUAUGAAUGAUAUUAAAGAUGUGGAAGAAAGAGUUGCUAGAGAUUUGGACGUCGACUUGGAUGAAGAAGAGGACGAAAUCGUCAACGAUGGUUCGUCAUCCUCUGUUAGCAAUUCCAAACGUUAG